AUGAAGUUGAUAAUUCUGCUUUUCGUUUCGCUUCUCUUUGCCGCUAACUGCUUCACAAAUUCAAGAUUUUGUGAAGCAGCCGAACCCCCUGCAGUGCGUGACAGUACUGGAAAAUUGGUCCGUGCAACAACUUAUUAUUUUAUUCAACCAGUACAUCGAGAAGUCGAUGGCUGGGGGUUUCAGCUUGGCCGUACUGGCGGGAUGGAUAAGCGUUGUCCAUUGGGCAUAGUUGGACAAGACUAUUACAACGGCACUGCAGUACAAUUUUUACCGGUAAACUCUAAGAAAGGCAUCAUUCGCUUAUACACCGACUUGAACAUUGAUUUCAACACGUAUACAGUUUGUGAUGGAUGGAAUACUGUCUGGAAGAUUGAGGAGUUUAGUAAUAAUUACAAGAUUAGAUAUUGUCCAUCGGUGUGCGGGGAUUGCAAGGUCACGUGCAAAGAUGUUGGCAUAGUUGAAUACAAUGGGCAGAAGCGUUUGGCGCUAAGUGAUAUUCCUGUUCAGGUGAAGUUUGUGAAGCUCGUCUCCGUGAUAAUAAUGCAGGACUAG